AUGGUUGCCCUAUUUACUUCACCACAUGAAUUGGUCCUUUCUUCAUUAGCAUCUGAAUUUCCAUGUAGAGAACAGCAGAUUCGCUCUCUAACCACUUUACUUUCUAUCCAAGCUGCUCCAAGCAGAAACAUUGUACUUCAUGGGCUUGAAGCAACAGGCAAAUCUACAAUAACGAAAGCUGUCCUUGAAGCAUUAUCGGCCCAUUCCCCGGCAAACAAUAGCACUCCCGAGGAGCAUUUCAGCAAUGAAUUACAAUAUGCCAUAAUUAAAAGCGCAGAAUGUAUAUCUGGAAGGCAUUUGUUAGAACAAACUAUAGGAGCUGUCGCGAAUGCGGUAGAAUGGAAAGAGAAUAUACCGAGGUGUGAGAACCUCGCACAAUUAGUAGUGGAGGUAGGAAAAUUGCUCGAAGGUUGGACCGCGACGAAUGAGGCACAAGCUGCAAAACAAAGAUUCGUCCUUGUUUUUGAUGGCGUUGAUCGACAAAGAGAAGCUCCUCCUACUAUGCUGCCAGCUUUGGCUCGAAUGGGUGAGAUCAUUCCCAAUCUUACCACGAUUUUCAUCACUACAAUCCCUCGACCUAGCUCUUUCCACCUCCCUGGAAUUCCUCAUAUUCAAUUCCCAUCAUAUACUAAAUCAGAGCUUGUGACGAUUCUCUCGCGAACUUGCAAACCCUCUCCUAGACUCCCCGACGGUUCCAAGGAAACGUCCUCCAUUUGGGAACGAUUCAUUCCCACAACUUAUGACUCCCUUUCCAAAUACUCAGGACGAGACCUUGUUUCGUUUCGCCAGAUCUGCCUUCAAUUAUGGCCUACCUUUAUCCAACCAAUACUCAAUGGGACAUAUACUUCGAACGAAUUCUCUCGCCUUCUCAUCGCGAAUCGUGCACUUCUCCAAAAUGAUACACUUCUCACACCAUCUGUUCUUGCUCCUAUUACGUCUGUUUCCGUUCCCAAAAAUGGAACUUCUAACACAAGCACCGCUCAGCUUCAAGCCCAAAACAACAUUACAACCCAUCUCCCGUAUCACACUCGUCUUCUACUCAUCGCCUCCUAUCUUGCUUCUCACAACCCCCCUCGCACAGAUCAGCAUCAUUUUCUCCAACAAACUGCAACCAAGCGUAAAAAGCGCGGUGGUGGUACGGCUCUCACCGCUUCCACCUCUCGACCCGGCGUUUCUAAAUCACGUAAAAUUCCUCGCAAACUACUUGGGCCCCAGGCAUUUCUGCUGGAAAGAAUGAUCGCUAUCUACCAUGUGUUACUCGAAGAUGCCGAUGGUCGAGGACGCUAUUCGGCUACAAAUGGAAAUUUGAAGAGGAAAACCAAAGGACUAGGCGCUGGAGAAGCGGACAUACAAAUGGCUGUUGCGACGCUAGCUAGCUUGCGCUUGAUUGCUAAAAUGGGGAGUGCAAAUGCGGCAGAUACUUUGGAUGGAGGAAGCAGAUGGAGAGUUGCGGUGGGAUGGGAGGUAGUCAGGGGGAUUGCCAGGAGUGUAGGAGUUGAGGCAGAGGACUAUCUGGCAGAAUAAAUGUCGACUUGGAUUUUGGAAAAACGAGUCAACUAAAAGAGCGGCAUCACACGCAUAUGAGAAUGUCCCAUGAAACCCUCAAUAUGUAGGGAACCGAGUCGAUAUUUCAUACUUGCCCUCGAAGAAAGUGGGCACAUCACUAAUGUCAAUCACUCGCUUGGACAACCUCGUUAAAGAGAGCGGCCCUUCGUGUACAUUUACCUACAUAUCUUGAGCUAUGGUGAUAUUUCUGCCAUCGCCGCCUGCCUCACGGAGACGUCUAAGAUGGGUACUUCCGCAAGGUUUCGCUUCUACUAUUCUUUGAGACAAUUGGCAACCUGGAAGAGAGCGAAGGGUUGCCAUCAGGCUGAGUCGAAGUGGAAAUUUAGGCUGUAUGGGAUAGAUGACCAUAGCUACAGCAGCCCAACACAGGACCUCGAACUAGAGAUCUAAUAAUUUAGGUGCAACACUUCAAGCAAGGAGACUUCAGAUGAUGAAGAAGCUUGGUGUUUUACCUAGAUAGAUACUUGAGCGAAAAUACAGACUGUGUCAAUAUAAAACAUAAUGUAUAAUACAAUA